AAAUUCAAUUAAUUGGUUAGGAAGCUGGUCCAUCAAUUUUAAAGAAAUUUAAUCCAUUUGCAACAUAUUUUAUACGAUCUUGUAGGAAGAUGGAUGGGUGGUAUGUAGAGUGUUCAUGAAGAAAAAUUUGUUCAAGGUAGUAAAUGAAGGUGGCACAAGCAUUAACUCAUCGGACCAACACAACCAUGAUGCAUCCAACAACAACCACACACUUCAAGCUCGUAGCUUUAUGCACCGAGACAGUCCAUACCAGCUAGUACGUAACCACGGAGCCACAACAUUUGAACUCAACAAACCUGACCUUGCUCUUCAUCAAUACCCACCAAUCUUCCACAAGCCACCUUCACUUGGAUUUGACUACUCUUCAGGUCUUGCAAGGGACUGUGAGAGUGCGGCUAGUGAAGGGUUACAAUACCAGCAAGCGUGUGAGCCGGGUUUAGAGGUCGGUACUUGUGAGACAGUGGCUAGUCAUGAUAAUCAUCAACAAGGUUUAGGUGAAUGGGCAAUGAUGGAUAGACUUGUGACUUGUCACAUGGGAAAUGAAGAUUCCUCUAGAGGGAUUAGGUAUGAGGAUGGUAACAACAAUUCUUCGUCUGUUGUCCAGCCAGUUCCUGCGACGAACCAGCUUACGUUGCGCAGUGAGAUGGAUUUCUGGGGUUAUUCUAAAUAGAUGUUUAUAUUUCUGUCUUAUGAGUCUAAGACAAUAUAAGUGCUGAUUUGUGUGUGUAUGUGUGUGUGUUCUUGAGUCGUGUUUUAUUUAUUUGUUGGAAGCAAAUUGCUUCACAAAACCCAAAUAUUAUAUCUACUGUUGGAAUGAAUAAUAAAAAUACUGAUUAGUG